CCUCCGUUAUAAAAUAUAAAACACUGUUUCUGAAAAGUGCGAUCUGCGAAAGUGCAAAAUAUUUUAAACACUAUGUGUUGUACUGUUUACUUAUAGAAACAGAUAGUUUGAUUUAUAGUAAUCUAUGAGAAUAAAUAGUCAUCGCCAUGUCUAAGAUAUUUACACCAACAAAUCAAAUUCGCCUAACUAAUGUCGCCAUCGUAAGGUUAAAAAAAGGUGGAAAGAGAUUUGAAAUAGCAUGUUACAGAAAUAAGGUUUUAUCAUGGCGAAAUAAAUUAGAAAAAGACAUUGAUGAAGUACUGCAGACACACACAGUGUUUACAAACGUAUCCAAAGGACAAGUUGCCAAGAAAGAAGAUUUAGUUAAAAUUUUUGGCAAAGAUGAUCAAACUGAAAUAUGCAAAGAGAUAUUGGAAAAAGGUGAACUGCAAGUUUCUGAUAAGGAAAGGCAUUCACAAAUUGAUUCGUUAUUCAAGGACAUAGCCACCACAGUAGCUGAUAAAUGUGUGAAUCCUGAAACAAAGAGGCCAUAUCCUGUGUCUAUCAUAGAAAAAGCAAUGAAAGAUAUCCAUUUCUCAGUGAAUGUGAACAAAAGUGCUAAACAGCAGUCCCUUGAUGUGAUACAGCUGUUGAAAAAAGAGAUUCCACUAGAGAGAGCUCAGAUGAGAGUGAGAAUUUUGCUUACUGGCAAAGAAGCAAGAAAAACAAAGGAUAAGGUUGUGAAACUUGCUAUGAGUGUAGAAGAAGAGAAUUGGGAUUCUGGCACUGCUAAUAUCAUUUGUCUCAUUGAUCCAGGAAACUUCAGAGUUUUAGAUGAGUUGGUUAGGACAGAAACUAAGGGAACUGGACAAUUUGAGCUACUUAACCUGAAAGAAAUGGUUGAAGGAGAACAAGCAUUAUAAAUUAUUGUUGAUUUAUUGUUUUGUUAA